UGGUCGAUCAAUGUCAAAUAAAUUGACAUUAUUUUUUUCAUGUGUUGGAAGUGCUCUACUGCUAUUUUUUCCACUGCUGUAUUAAUAUAAAGCAUAAUAUUGCUCUCAGAUUACAUUUUUAUGUGUUUAUCCUUGGACAUUAAAGUCUGAUAUCAAAUUUUGCAAAAUAACACAGAAAUAGUCAUGGAUUGCCUUGUUGGUUACGGUAGCGAAGAUGAGAAUGAAUCGGAGCGCUAUGGAAGCCAACAAUCAUCGAAUGAUAUUAUAGGUGGGUGCGGGUGGCGCUGGAGUCCGCCGCAGAGACGACGACACCAACUACGAUGACGUCAACAUGGACAUGAGCGAGGACUCCCAGGACGCUGAAUCGGAGCCCGAGCUGCCGCAAGCGGAGCCUACGCCCCCGCUGCAGUCUUCCAGAGAUGAACGCAGAUCUAAUGACAGUCGUGAACGUGAUCGCGACCGUGACCGCGGCGAUCGCAGUGACCGCGGCGACCGCGAGUUGGACCGGCGUGACAGACGUCGCGAGUCGCCCGCCCGCGCCCGCAGCGAUAGGGACCGCUCCGAUAGGCGGUCACCGCGCAGGGAUGAUAGAUACAGAUCCGACCGUGACCGGGGCCGCGCUCACGAAGGCGUUCGUCGCGGUCUCCUGGGCGACCGACCUGAUGACCGCGAGAAGAUGCCCGCGCUGAUGGACCUCAAGCCGUUCAGUGGAGACGGCCCACCUCCCGGAGACAGGAGAUCGCAUGACGCCAGAGAUGCUGUUUCUCCUAGAUUCGUAGACCGGGAGCGUCGCGAUAAGGAGAGGGACAGAGAACGCGAACGUGAUCGCGACCGCCAUGGCAGACGAUCAGAGGAGAGGAGUGGCAGAUCAUCAAGCCACCGCCACGAUGGGCGGUCCCGGUCGCGGUCGCGCUCGCGCGGGGCGCCGCACUCCGAGCGCCGCGCGGAGCCGCCCGCAGGGGACUACAGGCCCUCGUCUUACAAGGUCAAUAAGAAGCUCGAGGUUAUGGAGAAGAUGGGACUUCAAAUCAAGACUCCGGACGGUUCGAUGGCAACGGCUCAGCAGCUACGCGCGGCGGCCUGCGAGGUGCCGGCUCAAGGCUCACAUCUACCCUCGUAUUACAACCCCACUGCUGUCAAUGCUAACAAGAUUAUGGACCAGGUACAAAAGCGCAAAUUGCUGUGGUCCAACAAGAAUAAGUCGGAAGCUGAGGAGGCGGCCAAGUGGAGCGGCACGCGGUUCGCGCAGGACUCCGACGGCAAACAGGUCUCCAAGUUCAUGAGACUUAUGGGAAUCAAGGAACCAGCUGCCGUCAAGAACGAGACACCAGAGAAAGCAGUAGACCCCAUCAAGAAACAAGAAGAGCUCUUCCAAGCGAUGCAGGCACAGUACGAAGUCGCCCGGGCCACCACACAUACCAUGCGCGGCGUCGGGCUUGGCUUCCAGCGAGGACAGUACUAGUACUAGUGCAGUGAAGUGUUACCCUUGUGACGUCAUGAACUGAGGACAGGCAGGCAGUGUGUGAAGAAUACUCAGAAACCGCUGACACACCACCGGUUGACAGACAAACGGUCUACUAAUAGCCGUUCCCAAUAUUCAAUCUAUCUAUUCAUUUGCUUACUACGAAUUUGACAUUACAAACCUAAAGAUAGAAAGAGUGUUGGGUACGGCUGUAAGUUGAGAUCGUUAGAAUAUAUAUUACUGCCAUCGAUACUCGCCUUGCCUUUAUUGCAUUAUUUAGAAAGCUCAACAGUAAAUGUUGAACGCAAUUGAUCUUAUGAAUGUUUAAUACAUGAGGAAUCAGUAAUACGGAUGUAUGCUAUAGAUAUGAUAGCUUGUAAUAAGUAUUUUAGGUUCUGGAUUGCACUAGCUAGUCUAGACUGACUACUGCAAGUAGUUAAGCUGAAUAUACAAGUUUGUAGGUCCUAUACUCCAUGUAACAGUGGGAUGGGAUCAAUAGAUGGUAGCCAAUAUUGGAACUUGGAAUGCCUAAAUCAUUAUCAUAUUUUUACCAUAGCUUUAACACUAACAUAAACGGUAAAUUAUGCAUAUAAAAGAAAACAAAAUGUCCAUAAAAUAAUUAUAGAGCAAUCUGGCAUUGAAAUUAUAUACAUAGAUAAAUGAAUUGAAAAUUGUAAAUAGCCAUGACAUGGUAUCGUGAGUAAGCUGUCUCAAAUUGUUAUUCAUACUUGUAAAGAGUAUUAAGCGGCGAAAUAAAACUAUAUUUUCAAAGUAAUUUUGAAUGUGCGUCACGCAAUACUGCGUGGGCUGUGUGCGUGGGGAAUUAUAAAUAAAAUGUGGAGUUCUAUAGCUUC